UGAAGAAAAUCUCCCACAGAAAUUGGUUGUAUAGGGCUGCAAGUUAUAUUCAAUGUGAAAACCGCUGAAAUGAUACUUUAGACGAGACUCGAAACAGUGAGAAAUAGGUGAAUUGUCCAUCUGAACUCGAGCAGACAUGGAGUCUUGGAAGAGUCACGUGCGCGCGGAGUUGUUUCACAGAGACUGUAAGCAGAGAGAUCCUUUCUCUGGCCUCUUUGAUAAGGUGUCCAGGCUGGAGGAGAUGCUGGACUUUCAUAUCAAACUCUGGCAAGGCAGUUCCAAAGAAAACAGAUACUCUAGAUGCCCAAAUGAAGGCGGCACACUUUAUUUGAGAGUGAAUGAGGUGGAAUUUCUUAAUCAACAGCUCAAGCAGAAAAUCGCAGAUUUGACCAGCAAUAUAUACCUGAAGGAGGCAGAGUUACAGUACUGUCACUCACAAGUUGCCCGUUACAGGACCGAAGCGGUUUUGUUGGCCCAGGGGGCUUCUUGUCUGAAGUCAGAUCUGGAGGAAUAUGAGUAUCAGCUGGAGUGUCAAUCAAAGGAACUGACAGCACUGAGACGGGAGCACAGCACACUGACAGAGGAGAUGGCUGCCACAAAACUCCAGGAGGAGGAACUCCUAGACCGCUGGUUAGAGGAGAAAAAACAGGAGGCUGUGAGGAUUAAUAAGCACAAUGCAACACAAGAAAGGUGGCAACGUUUGGCUGGUCGACUGAAGAAGCGGUAUCGGGGAAGGCCUCGCCCUCCACCGUGUGUAGCAGCUAACACUAACAACAGCUCAGAUAUCAAACCGACAGAGUCGAAUAUUUAGCGUCCUCUUUCUUGAAACAAACGUAGUUAUCUAGGAAUGUGAAUUUUAUGAUGUUUCUGAUGAUUUCU